ACACAACAUUGCAGAGGCAUGGACGGGAAAAAAUAAUCAGAAAGCAUGACAUAGAUAGAAAAGUUGCAUGUUUGCCUUAUGAUGGGAAAUAUGUGCUGUUUCCUUUGCUGCAUGGAAUUGAAAGGCAAUAUUAGGAUAAGAUGGACAAGAAGUGGGUAAGAGCUGUGUGGAGAGAGGAUGAAAAAGAGAUGGAGCUUGCCAUACCCAGUGUAUGGGUUGAAGGAAAUCGCAUAAGAUGGCCAAAUACAUCAAAUGCAAAAUCUGCACUCAAAGAAUGCAAGAAACCUGCUGACAAAUGGCUUUCAUUUGAUCUGAUAAAGAUCAAGUUUUCAUCAGACGACUAUCGAGAAUGUGAGGACUAUGAUGAGACGACAGCGGUGGAAUCUGAGUGUGACUCAGAACCAGUAAUGAAAAGGAAACCAAAAAAGAAGGUCAUGAGUGACUUUAUUAUGGAUUCUGCUGAAGACAAUUCAUCAAUAAAAACGCAGAAGAAGUUACCUGUAGCAGCACCAGUUAUGCCGCCAAAACCACCCCAAAAAAUCUCUUCUAAAAAAAACCAAGACCAGUCAUCACUUCAGUCGUCCAGGUCUCGAUCACCUUCAUCUUCUACUAGAGAUGAAAUGGAAACCAGACGUAGCAGGUCUAUUACACCAAGCAAGUCCUGGGCUAGUUCAAACAGUCGGGAGAGCUCGAUGAAUAGGUCGAUGUCACCAAGAAGUCCCAUUCGCUCAACACAAAGGUCCAGAAUUUCAACAUCCAGAAGUCCAAUUCGCUCAACACAGAGGUCCAGAAUUUCAACAUCCAGAAGUCCAAUUCGCUCAACACAAAGGUCCAGAAUUUCAACAUCCAGAAGUCCAAUUCGCUCAACACAAAGGCCCAGAAUUUCAACAUCCAGAAGUCCAAUUCGCUCAACACAAAGGCCCAGAAUUUCAACAUCCAGAAGUCCAAUUCGCUCAACACAAAGGCCCAGAAUUUCAACAUCCAGAAGUCCAAUUCGCUCAACACAAAGGUCCAGAAUUUCAACAUCCAGAAGUCCAAUUCGCUCAACACAAAGGCCCAGAAUUUCAACAUCCAGAAGUCCAAUUCGCUCAACACAAAGGCCCAGAAUUUCAACACCCAGAAGUCCAAUUCGCUCAACACAAAGGCCAAGAAUUUCAACAUCCAGAAGUCCAAUUCGCUCAACACAAAGGUCACGAAUCUCAAGGUCCAGGAGUCCUGUUCACUCUUUGAACAGCUCAAGAUUUUCAAGAUCAAAAAGCAGAGACAGGCAUCACAAUAGGUCAAGGCACUCUAUGUCACAAAGCAGUGAAAGGUCAACCCUGAGAAGAGAAAGCCCAAAAAGACUUAACAAAGGAUCUGAACAUUCCAGGAGCUAUGAUAGGCCUUGUAGCAGGUUAAGUGUAGAGAGCACCCCAACACUUCCAUCUCUUUCUAAGCGAAAGCAGCAUCAGUCCUCAACAGACUCCUUUCCCAUGACCGAAGAAAGAUUUCAGAGAAGAGUCCUCUACCUUCUUGUUGAAAUAAGAGACCGUCUUAAGAGUCCAGUAACAACAGCUUCAAAUACAGAAGACGUUGAUCUUGUUACCAUAGACUCAGAAGAAGGAUUUGAAGCCUUAGACAGAAGACUUGAAAACAAAGACUUUAAAGCCAGCUUUAAAUUCUUGCUUCAAAAGAUUGGAGGUACAGAUGGUACUGACCACAUGAAGAAAGCAAUGUUAAGAACUAUGACAAACUCGUACAUGGCUGGUCUAAACAUGAAGGGAAAACGGGGAAAGAAAGCUUUUGGUUCCUCCCAACUCUACCUCCUUAUAAAAGAAACUGUAUUGACAUCUCAUACACAGUAUACAGAAUCAAAAUUCAAUGAAGAUUUGGCUAAAUUCCUAAAAUAUGCCCCGGAGCGUGUGGGAGGAGGUGGAAGAAGGAGAAGAGAUUGACUGUUUUUCACGUUCACUUGACCAGAACUAAUGAUUUUACUCUUUUUCAUCUUCUUAAACUAAUGUUUUUGUGAAAAGCUGGCUACAGAUGUGAGCUAGGUUAUCCAUCAGUGAUUUUAAGUGAUACUUUCAAUUUAUUUAACUGUUUCUCUCUUGAAUAAAUUGAUUAAUGAUA